AUGUUUUCCUGCUUCAAGGGCACCCAGCCUAGCGUGCUCUACACAUGUUUACACAUGUGCAACCUCCCUCAAGUGGAAUUGGCAUCCCAUUUCUCCAAGGGCAUGUUGCAUGGAUAUAUGGGUACCCUCAUCAUACCACCACCAUCUAUCUGCCAUGCCAAAAUCAAAAAGGCCCCAAAAGAGUGCAAUAUCACUCUAGGACUCAGCUUUGCCAGCGAGAAGGACUGGACCAAACACGUCGAUAGCACUGCUCAUAAGACAAAUGUCUGCAAAGCUGCAGCCAUUCUGACCACAAAAAUCAGUUCAUUUUUCACCAAGAAGGUGACACCUACUGCCUCCAGUUCAACCAGUACAUCCCUUACUCCCAUUCAUCUUUUCCCCACCAUACCAAAUCGAGGACCUGUUCGACUUGCUCCUUUGUCAAAUGAUCCGCACCCGAUUACACUCGGAGAAGUCUCAAGCACUCACAUAACACUACUUAACAGGUUUAAAGCAGCUAUCAAUGCUCUUCCCCUCGUCAUACCUAUUGGGAUCAAUUCCGAGGACUUAGCUGCAUUUUCAGGGAAUCCGGUGGCACUGAUUGAUCCAGACAACAAGCCUUGGGAAGUUUUAGAUCAAGUACUAAAUUGGUUUGGUCGAUUUGGGAUGGAUGGGAUGUAUGAUUGGGUGAAGGCGUGUGUCGAGGGCCUUCAUAUUGGCGAAGCAUUACCCAAGGGAAAGAUUCAGCAGCUCAUUGAAGCUAUGGAGUUGGUGAAACACCUCAAGUUCUAA